AUGUCCAGGCCUUUUGAGCUGGACAGCGCCGCCCCUGUCACCACGCCCGGGCUCGAAGAGCGUGUCCCAGGAGGCCACACCGAGCCCAGAAGAGGUCCGGCCGGCAAUGCCGGCAGCCGCCCCAGCUGCCCCAGCUGCCCCAGCCGCGCCGGCGCCGGCGCCGGCGCAGCCAGAGGCCGCCAGAGCCGCCAGAGAUCGGUGAAGGGUACUGAGUCCGAGGCGGCCGACUGGCGAGCUGCCCGUGAGACGCCGCGGGAGUCGCGGCUGCCCCGCCCCCCUGCAUCUCGCCCUCGUCUUCAAGAGGAGCCAUCUCGCCCGCUGGAGACGACUCAGGAGCGCGAGCCUUUGCGCAGGCCGGAUGGGCAGCACAGUGCCCGGCGAAUCCCGGCGACGCCUUCCAGCAGCAGCCUCGCGACGAGUACCAGGAGAACUCCCAGGCAGCCCGCGUCCAGACCUACCAGUCCCAGGUACAGGAUGAACGACGUGCUCUACAGCCAGUUCUCGCCUACGCGGCAUCCGGAGGAGGCGGCCUGGGCGCAGCGAUCUCCCAUGAGGAGUGCGCUCGCCUCCCGGGGUCCGGUGGAAUUGCCGGUGCCGAAGUGGCAAGGCGGUCUAGGCGCGUCGGGCCGCAGCAAGAGCCCGCCUGGGAGCAGACUGCCCGGCUGGACGCGAGGCACGUGCCGCAGCUUGAGCCCCCCUGGCAGUCCAUCCAGCGCUUGUCGCCCCACACUGCUGGCCUCCAACGACUGCCUGCGUCGGCUCCGCUGGCGGCAGUCGGAUGAGCACGCCGAGGACCAGAUCACCAAGAUCCUGUCCUACGAGCAGAAGCUGACCCGCCAAUGGACCGCCUCCGAGUUCCGCGUCAUCCGCGAGGAGUUACGCAGCCCCAUCUACCGAGACGCCGCGAAGCCCGGGCCCAGCGUUGCUUGCGUUGGGCCCUUCCACUUUGGCACGGAGGGUGAGAUCCCCACCAAGGCAGGCCGUGAGGUGAAGCAAGGGGUUAUCAGCCGUAUCGCUGGUACCUUGUACAGUCAGCUCUCACCCGCGCCGCAAUGGCGUCAAGCGGCGACGGAUGCCACCCUGCCAUAG